AUGGGGCCAAGUGCUCUUUUGGGUUACUCCGUUAUUCCCACCACUACAAGCAUCUUUCAACAGCGUGAAAAUACAUUCACACCUCGAUUACUACGCAUCGUGUACCCUCCUUUCGCCGUGCUUUCCGCGCUGGCUAAGGUAGCAUUCUCUCUCGCUGGAACCUUCCUUCUGAGCUCCGUCCAUCCGGGUGGCCUCUUUAUUCUCUUCGUGGACUACCUUGGUGUAGCUGCAUGGUUUUGGUGGAUGGUUGGACAGUCAACUUUAGCUCGAGCUAAGCUGCAGUAUAUCUCAUGCUAUCUAUCUGUGAUGGCACUUCUUUUACUUGUGGUUGCCAUCAUAGGAACGCUAGGCGAAUCCUGGAUUAUUGCACUGGAGAUCGAGCUUUUUAUCAUCGCCAUCUCGACCCCUUCCUUGCAGUCAGCCGCGUGGGCCGCAUAA